CGCAACGCACCAUUCAAACAAAUAAACACAAAACUAUACUGUCACAUACAUUACGCUUCUAUUUUUCACCGGACAGUUGGAGUUGAGCUGUCAGUAUCUGUCAGUGUCACUAUUUCAGAAGGCAAAAAUAAUCGAAAAAUAACACAUACGCACGCACGAACAGGAGAAAGGCCCAUACAGAAAAGAGUUCGGAACAAAUUCUGUACAAUUGUGAAGGACGGCUUGUGCUGAACAGUUACAAACCUUCUAAUUGUUAACAUUACCGAUAAUAGGUUUAGUUUGUUCCUGUUCCUGCUCGUAGUUUGUGUACCCCGCUGGACCGAAAAAUUCAUUCCGCAAGUGAAAGAUUGCAAAAGAUUGUAGUUUCCUUUACCUGGUAGUGGCCAACAACACAAGGGUGAAAACAUCAUCACCGUCAUCGUCAUCACCGAAAACAAGGGCAUCUUCCAAACAACUAUCCCUUGCAGCAGUGGCGAUUAUUUCCUGCGCUUCCGUGUGUAACUGCGUGCAUUCAUUUCACGGCCAACAACAUGUCGAUGUGUGAUACCGUUUCCUGAUAGUACGUUCCGUGUAGGUGCAGGUCGUGUAGACGACGUGUACGUGGGCCGUGGGAAAAAGGAAGUUAAUGAGAGCAUGAUGUGGUGCACAUAAUGAAGAUUCGAAGCUAUGCUGACCCGUGGUUGCUGUGUUUGGACGGUGAAAGAAUCAAUCAUCGGUGCAGCGACGGGGGUGGGGGGUUAGUGAGAAGAACCGUUCCGAACAGGUGGAGGAACUAGAACAAAACAGCAGUUGGAGAACAACAAAGCCGUAUCAUCUCGACCUGCUCAAUACUGCUGCAUUGUAUCAGAUCGUUCCUAUAGUUCUCGAACGAUGUACAGCAACAGCAUCUAGCAACGUUAACCCGAAUGGUAGCAGCAGCUAAACAAAUACCCGCAAACCAUAGGUUAUACUGCGCCAUCCACCAUACCGCGCUUUGCCGUCCUGUCGUCACCGAGUGAAGUGGGAAGGCAAACGGUCUUCUUGCUCGCAACAUUCCCGCUAGAAAGAUUGCGUGGCAUUCGAGUUGUGGCAUAAAUACGUAAAAUAUAGUUGCUUGUUGGUCUGAGCGAUCUUGUCCCUUAAUCUAGGGGAAUCCCGGAAAGUAGUGACCAACGCGGUAAUAGUGAUAGUGUACAGUAGCAAACAAUAGACACCUAUAUACGUUUGAAAUGCGGACAGUUAAGACUGGGGGUGAGACCAUCUCACACGAGCGGCUCACCUUCAUAGCGAUGGUGACAAGUGUGGUGCUGGUGCUGGCAGCCCUUUCGAUGGCCUUGGCGGAUCAAAUACCGACCGUACCUACGCACAACAUGUCCAACAAGGAGCGAAACGAGCUUAAAGAGGAAGCCAGGGAAAUGUUUUACCACGCGUACCGGGCGUACAUGGACAAUGCCUACCCAGCGGAUGAACUGAUGCCGUUAAGCUGCACUGGCCGUUACCGUGGUGUGACACCGUCCCGAGGCGACCUGGACGAUACGCUCGGGAAUUUCUCUAUGACCUUGGUGGACACGUUGGAUACGCUGGUGGUGCUUGGUGAUAUAGAGGAGUUCGAACAUGCCGUCAAGCUAGUGAUCAAGGACGUGAAGUUUGAUAACGACAUCAUAGUGUCGGUAUUUGAAACCAACAUUCGCAUGAUCGGUGGUCUUCUGUCCGGCCACAUACUGGCAGAGUAUGUGCAGAAGCAGGCCGACGUAAUGACUUGGUAUCGUGGCGAGUUGCUUGAGAUGGCGAAAGAUUUAGGCUAUCGAUUGCUGCCAGCAUUUAACACUUCCACCGGAAUACCGCAUGCACGGGUGAAUUUAAAGCAUGGCAUGAAAGUUGAAGCAUUGCGACAUUCGCGUGAAACUUGUACCGCUUGUGCCGGUACGAUACUGUUAGAAUUUGCCGCACUAUCCCGGUUGAGUGGUGAGCCUAUCUUUGAAGUGAAAGCUCACGCGGCCAUGGAUGCGCUGUGGAAAAUGCGCCAUCGUAGCUCGGAGCUGAUGGGCACGGUGCUUAAUGUACAUUCCGGUGAUUGGAUACGGCGCGAAUCGGGUGUUGGAGCCGGUAUCGAUUCGUACUACGAGUACUGCCUGAAGUCGUACAUUCUGCUGGGAGAUGAGCGUUACCUGGCCCGAUUCAACCGCCACUAUCACGCAAUCAUGAAGUAUAUCAGCCAAGGUCCAAUGUUGCUCGAUGUGCAGAUGCAUCGGCCACAUACCAAGACGCGCAACUUUAUGGAUGCACUGCUUGCCUUUUGGCCCGGAUUGCAGGUACUGUCUGGCGAUCUGAAACCGGCCGUCCAGACGCACGAGAUGCUGUACCAAGUGAUGCAGAUGCAUACGUUCAUUCCGGAGGCAUUUACGUUUGACUUCCAGGUCCACUGGGGUCAGCAUCAUCUACGACCUGAAUUCAUUGAAUCUACGUACUUCCUGUACCGAGCCACUGGCGAUCAUUACUAUCUGCAUGCGGGCAAGAAAGCUCUAAAGGCACUUCAAAAACACGCCAAAGUUCCCUGCGGGUAUGCCGCCGUGAACGAUGUCCGCACGGGCAAACACGAGGAUCGAAUGGACUCGUACGUACUUUCCGAAACGUUCAAGUAUCUCUUCCUGCUAUUCUCAGAUCCAGCGGAUCUGAUACUCAACAUCGAAGACUUUAUCUUCACUACCGAAGCUCAUCUACUGCCACUCACGUUGGGACAGCUGGGAAACCACACAUUUAACGGUGUACGCGAUCAGGACGAGCAGGUGCAUAUGCUCGAUUACAUGCGUUCCUGCCCUAGCCCGAACAAGUUAUUUCCUGAAACAGUCCGGCGUCCACUCCGUGACCUCGUUACGGGAGUCUGUCCGCGCAUAUCGAGUGCCAAGCGACUUAGAGCGGCUGACUUUCAGGCAAGCAAUACGGAUCAUUUACGAACAGUUUAUGACAUGGGCAUUACGAUGGUUUCUCUAGGCGAAGGCAAAGUUCAGCUGCUGCACAGCUUUCACAAUGCCAAAUCACCCGAGGACGCCGAACGCGGCCUUAUUUUCAUGCAAGAAAUGGUGGAGCUGUCGAACUCGAACUCCAUCCCCAACACACAGCUGCAGGCGGUCGCAUAUAAACGGGACGGUGAUCGGGAACUGCGUAUCCUCGAAGCCGGUCCCAGUCACUUCGGCAUGGAACUGGUGAACGAUCUGUCCGUGGUGCAACGUGCCGUCUUUGCCAAACCGGCAAAGGUUUGUGCUGCCCUGAAAAAUGCAGAUGAAAUACGUGGCAAAAUUGUCAUUAUCGAGCGAGGCGAGUGCACCUUCGUCGAUAAAGCGAGACGUGUACAGACGGCAGGUGCUGUGGCGGCAAUCGUGUUCGACAACACACCAAACACUUCGAUCAACAAUCAGCAAAUGUUUGCCAUGUCCGGUGACGGGCGGGACGAUGUGCAGAUACCGGUAGUGUUCCUUUUUACCAAGGAAGCGGAACAGCUUAUCAAGGCGGUUAAAGAGCAGCCCAACCUCGAGCUCACGCUCAUGUCCGUCACCGGGCUGAAGGAAAAACUAGCCAAGGAGCAGCGAGCAAGCACAACGAAGACUGACACGAAAAGUAGUGACGCUAAAGCGACGCCAUAGUAGUAGCAGAGCAGAGUAGGAAUUAGUAUCCAACGAUAUACUGCUGCCGUGAACCGCGUUGCCAAGCAACGGUGAGGAAAAUGAAAGACAACAGAGGUGUUUUUUAUUUCGACUUUCUGUGUUCCGUCGGUUCUGGUAAUUUCAUCCAGUCACUUACAUUCACAUUCAGCGGACCGUUCCAUUGUAGGUCCUGGGAAUCAUACACACAGGCGUACGCACACGCAACGGGUUAGAUAGUAAAGAAUUUAUUAGCAAAUUGUCAUACGAUUGGAAAGUGUGCGGUUUAUGGAAGGGAGAGGCAAAAUGCCUUUUCUGGUAUAGAAGAAGCAAAAAUUGCGCUGGUGUUUUUUAUACUUGCUAGUACAGAUAGACAAAAAAAGGCGCAUGCCAUCAAACAUGGUAUGAUGGUUAGAUACAAAUCGAGCGCAUGAGAUUGUAAAAGAUGAGAGAUGCAUUCAAGUGCAUUAUAGUAUUGUGGUUUAUUUUUUGUUAUUCAUUUCUCACCCUAAAACAAAAAGUGAUACAUUAGUGUAUAAUAGAUAACUAAAGAAUGAAAUGAAAAAAAAAAACACACAAACAAAACGAAAAGUGCGUAGGAACUAAUGAAAGAAGAUGGAAGGUAUGGUGUAAAGUAAAAAAAAUUCUUUAAACAAAAUGAAACAAGUGAAAGUAAUCCUCUAGAAUGGGGUGUAUUUUGUUUGUUUGUUUUGUUUUGUUUUGUUCGUUAUAUUCAUUCCUUUCUGUGCAAUCAUCUUAGCCAAUCAAUUAUGAUGUAAUUAUGUUGUUUUACGUACUGGUCAAAAAAAAACUUUUGCACAAAUAUAAACACGUUCACACACAAACAUAUCGUAGGACUAUAUUUUCAAGUUACACUUGUUACGUUGGGUUUUUUAAGUAUAUUAAUUUUCUAGUUGAGUUGUUAACUAUGUGCCUCAGCCUUUUGUUAUACAAUUUUAUUUUAUGUUCUUCUUCCGUUGCUAUUUGGUAGACGAAAAAAUAUAUAAAACAUUUAGAACAUUCAGUAAUAGCAUUCUAUUUCUAUCUAAAAAAGUCUAUCAAUGUAGAAAAAUGGAAAACAGAAGGCAAAUAUUCUUUUUUUUUGUACAAUUUAAAAAGAAUUUUCUUUAAGUUGCUUUUUUUUAUAUUUUGCAUCCAUAUUGUUCUUGUUCACAUAUUACUAUGUCCUUACUUCUAUUUUCUAUAUUUUCAUCAGCUUUGCCUUUUUUUCAUCUGUUUCAAUAUUUUGAAGAUGAGCAGAAAGAAGAAACAGAUAGGCUAAUUGAAAGAAGAACAAAGAGGUUGGAAUCCGUCGAUAGAACCAAAAUUUUCCCGCAAUUCAUCCAUGUCCAGGAUGUGAUUUAGAGAGCGCAAGUUUGUAAAUAACUAUUUUGUACGAAUGCAUCACACGCUCCUGCAUGGGUUAAGAGACGUCGAACCCGGUCGGUGAUGUUCAGAUGAGCGAAAUAUUAGACGUAAGUAGAUUAAAUUUCAUGAAACAUGUUGCAAUAUGUAGCGCAGGUGGUAUAACUGAGCGUAUAGCAUUUAAGAACAAGUCCUCUCGAAGAAGAUACAACACGGCACAUACACACACACGAUAGAGAACGACGUAUGGGGAUGGGAUUGUAUUCCAAGCCGACUGCCAAUUCUUGGGCGCGCCACUACUGUAAGUGGAAGGAGUCGCGACGGAGUCGGGAAGACGAAAUGCAUUAUUGUUUUCCAUUGAGGAAUGACGAGAUUAGUUUCUGUUCGUUUUUGUCUCUGUUUCAUGGUAAAUAAUGUUGUUUAGUUGUGUAAAUAAAAAUGGCAAUUUUAUAUCAAAAACAAA